GCAGCUUUUAACAUCUCAGAAAGAGACUUAAGGAAAGAGGACACAAAGGCGAUAAGGAAAGGAGGAGACAAGAGAGAGCUGGACUGAUUGACUUGAGACUUCUGAGGGCUGUGGACAUUUUAGCUUGAGAACAGAAGAGAUUUCAAAGUCAGAGUAAACGCGGCUCAACAUGUAGAUGUUCUGCACGUCUCUGGUUAAAUCUCCCCCCCCCCCCCUUUCCCCUCCUCCCCAGACUUGAAUCAUUGACCCUGCACGCCAGUCAGCAGAGACAAAUCUAAAUGUGUUUGGGUCAAUCUGGGGGAUGCGUCUGAGAGGAAGAUGCACAGAGGAGAAUUGUGACAUGGUGCCGACCCAAAUUGACAGAGACGAGGAAAGAGAGGACUGUUCAGGGGCAGACUCGUCUCCAACCAGACACAGCCCCUGCUCGCAGCAGAGGGGGAGACAGAACAUAACCUCUACCUAAGAGGGAGGCAGUAGCCACCAGGCAGAAAUCCUCUUCCUCUCUCUCGACCCAUCUCGUCUUCAGGAUGGCGGGCUCAGCCAUGGCGUUCACCUUUGCGGCCUUCUGCUACAUGCUCACCUUGGUGCUGUGCGCUGCCCUCAUCUUCUUCGUCAUAUGGCAGAUCAUUGCAUUUGAUGAGCUUGGCACAGACUUCAAAAACCCCAUUGAUCAGAGCAAUCCCACCAGAGCGAGGGAAAGGAUUCUCAACAUUGAAAGAAUCUGCAACCUGCUCCGCAGAUUGGUGGUGCCGGAGUACUCCAUCCACGGGCUCUUCUGCUUGAUGUUCAUGUGUGCUGCAGAGUGGGUCACACUUGGCCUAAAUAUCCCACUUCUCUUCUACCAUCUCUGGAGGUUUCUUCAUCGGCCAGCUGACGGCUCAGUGGUCAUGUAUGAUCCCGUCAGUGUGAUGAACGCCGACAUUCUCAAUUACUGCCAGAAGGAGUCCUGGUGUAAGCUAGGCUUUUAUCUGCUCUCUUUCUUCUAUUAUCUCUACAGGUCAGUACAAAUUCACAAUCUUCUCAAUUCACAGAUGCUUGAUUAGGUUUCAGUGAUGGCUUUCAGAUUUUCUUGCAAUGUUCUGUGACCUUAGUUGCAAAAGAGAAGCACAAUUACAGUUUUCUCCGUAUUUUCCAUCUAUUGCCGUGGACUUUUUCCUGCUGAAGUAUGGUCUACUCCUUGAUCAGCUUCUAGCAGACAGGAUAUCUGGAGAAAUAAAAGGACGUAUCAGUAAGAAAGACUCAGAGGAACAAAUGGAGACAUGAACUCUUCCUCUCUCCAUGUAUCUUUCCCGACACUGGCUUGGGUUGUCAACAGUCUAACAUUGGACAAACACAAGAAGACUUAUCUGAGUGAUCAUUUGAAUGUAAAGGACUCCAUUAUAUCACUUUGACCCAGACCAUGCUGUCAGACGAUUGGACAACGUUUUAAAGGACUGAAACAAAACAGAAAGAGGACGCAUCAGGUGUGUUGCCUUUGAACCAUUAUACGAAUCAACAGUACAUCUCUGAAGGGCUGGAGUUUUCCCAUGCUGCUUUUACUGAUCCAGUCGCUCAACUCACUGUGAAUCUCCAAACACUUAGGCGCUGGAAAACGAAAUAACAUGUCUGUAUUCUUUGACUUUGAAAAUGUACUCAGAGCAGGGUUGUUUUAGUAAGAUGACAUGUGCUUAAGAUGAGAGACAUCUGUAUUAUCAAACCACUGCUUUGAUUGUGUUAGAGGUACAUAUAACUGUAAGAAACAGGUUCAAGUGUAUAGGAGGACUUUAAAGCACUGUAAGAAAUUGACACGGCUGGCAGGGGAAUGGAGAUGAACCAACACAACAUCUCCUUGACGCCACCCCCUACCAAAAGUCAAAUUUCACACUGUAUCUAAAACAACGAGGAAUAAUUAUAACUUUGACCGCGAGGGUCAGUGCUUGUGAUGUGCAUUUCAUAAUAAGUAUGUCCAUACCAGUAAGGAUGUAUUUUAGCUACAGGUUCAUGCUUUCCAAAGAGCUUCGUGCUCAAGACAUUUAAUGCCAAAACAUAUAUCUGAAAGAAACAUUGUGCCAAAUCAAUUGGGGCGAGUGAAAGGAAACUAAUAGUGUGGCUUUUUUCAACUACAUGCUAAGGCACUGUCAAGUUCUGUUCUCUAUUUUCACUUUCUGUAACACACAUUUCAUUUUGGCACAAUGUUUUUUAAUUGAUGAACAUUUAAAAAACAUGUAGAUCUGUUGUGGGGUUUUUUUUUUUUUAAGUAACCUUUUUCCAGUUUAUUCUAACUAUACUAUUGUCGUUUUUAGCACAGCAACUUUACUCUGAUAUGAGGUAGAACGUAGAAAUCUCAUGUACAAGAAGCAAUUAAAAACAGCAAACAAGCAAUGUGAUUGGAUUGAGAAGACAUUUCCAUGCAGUGUUAUUUAUUUAUGUAAUAACGGCGAGUGGGAUACAAGUGGCAGACGAGACAAUGAAUGCCUAUGACAAUGUUUCAGUUUUUCUCAGAAGUGUAAAGGCAGUGAUGUCCUCUCAUCACGUCUGCAAUCAUACAGACAGAAGUUACGUGUUGCUGAUGAUCGAGAUUCGUAAACAGUAAAGCCUUUCCUCAACUAGCCUUUGUUAUCAUGUGUUCAUUAGUUUGAUCUGUGAGUAGAUAAGUGAUGGUUAAAAUGUGUGAUUUUUAAACAUCAGUAGACAAUAGAGAUGAUACUGGACCCUGAGAACAAACUGUGUUUGCCAUACGCCCGACACGUAGUAAAUGGUGGCAACAAUUCAUUGAUGCAAGUUUUAGUAUCACUAAUAUUCAGGAUGUUCAUUCAACCCUAAAUACAGAUCACAGUUAAGUAAUUAUUAUUGUUAUAUGUACAUACAUCAUUUUCAAAUUGUGUGUAUGUUAGCCUAUGACAGGUUGAACUACAUUUCAAUUGGAAGCAGAGAUAGAAUAAGGCUGGCAUAUUUAUAAGUUAGUUGGUGUCAAUAAAUCCCACGAGAAGACUUAAACCAAUGUGUAUUUAGUUUUGACUCCCCUAUUCUGUCUGUGGACCUCAGCCCCAAAAUGUGUUACUAAAGUGUGAAAGAGGUUACAAAUGUAUAAUUUAAUCUUAAAGGGUAAAUCAUUUCCAAGCUGGGCACUAUUGUUUUCAGAAAAUGUCACUCACAGAAAUGUAAAAUGGAGCAUUUCAUGGGGCCUAUUUUCAGCAGGGGAUUGAUACACAUUGCUGCACUAGUGAGUAUUUACCAUUGACUUUAUUUGCAGCAGGACCCUGCCGCACCAAACAUCCUUCUUAUCUUUAUAGUCUUUUCAAAGGAUUCGUUGACAUAAAAAAAUAUCCUCAGUCUUGUCUUUUAAAUACGAAGUUGAUUCCAAAUUAAACAAUGUUUUAAAAAAGAAUGCUUUCAAAACAAUAUUAAAAUGUCCUCUGUAGUGACUGCUUCUUACAGUCCAUUACAUUAUGCUUCACCUUUCAGGACAAAUAAUAGCUUCAAUGAUAUGCCACUAAUUCAGAAAUCUGUGUGGUAGAGCUUCACCACAAACACAAGUGCUGUGUCGAUCACAGUUUGUUUUGAUGUCACUUUGGAACAAAUGAAGGGUUUUAAAAGAACAACUCAAACUGCUUUUGAGAAUUUCAACCAAACUGCAGCAACUUUAAUAAUCUUCUGUGAGCGUUUUUGCACACAGUACACACUUUGCACACAGUAUCAACACUCUGCCAACAAUAUGAGUGUAUGGAGUCUGGACAAUCACUAUUAAAGCACAGUAACACGAGGACAAAAUGAGAACUGCCGCUUGGUUGAAUGUCAUUAUGUAGUUGCUCUAAACAAAGCAUUUUAGAAAAUUGUAUUUGAGUAUAUCUAUUUGUAUCCGUCUUUUAUACAUUUGUCAUCAAUGUACGCUACAGUAAAUUUGGUGGAUUAUUUUAUAUUUAUUAGGUUACACUAUGACGUACAGUUAAUAAAGCGAUUCUCAUGCCGUAUUCUAAUAAAACAGUUGCCAAAAAA